AUGAUCGACUUGGGAACCUACACCAAACCCCUAGCCUAUCUAGGCCUCUUCACCCUGGGAAAAACAGUCUUCUCCCUAACUCGCCAAGCAACCAACUUCCUCCUCCCCAGCACCCUCAACGAACGCUACAAUCCCACCCAAACAAAUUGGGCCCUCGUCACCGGCGCAACAGACGGGAUAGGCUUCGGCUUCGCUCAGGAGCUCUGCGCGCGCGGAUUCAAUGUGAUCAUACAUGGCCGAAACGGAGAGAAACUCGAUCGUCGUCGUCGCGAACUGAAUGCGCUUUUCCCUGCAGUCUGUGUGGCUAUUCUUGUGCGCGAUGCGCAGGAUUUGACCGCAGAUAUUGAUGCUGUUGAUGCGGAAGUGCGCGAUAUCAUUCGCAAUAACGGGACUGUCGGUUCCGCGGAAGACCGCGGCAGGCUGACUGUGCUUAUUAAUAAUGUUGGUGGUGAGACUAGGCCGUCUACACUUCUGAAGGAGUAUACCUUUGAGGAUGUGCAGGCGACCAUUUCGCGGAAUGCGACUUUUGCCAUUCAGAUUACGCGUGUGCUGGCAGAACAGUUGGAACAGAAUGCGCCUGGUCUCGUGAUGAAUGUUUCUUCGAUUUCCGCGUUCGGUUUGCCGUAUAUCACUACGUAUAGCUCUACCAAGGGAUUUGUGGAUACAUUUACAAAGUCACUGCGCGCGGAGUUUGCGGCUGAAGGGAAGAAGGUCGAAGUCAUGGGUCUGCGAGUUGCGGAGGUCAGCACCGCUGGGUAUGAUGUGAAAAGUACAUUGUUCAUUCCUGAGGCGAGAGUGCUGGCUGCUGCUGGCUUGGAUCGGGUUGGGUGUGGGCAGGACAUUGUAUGGGCCUAUUUCUGGCAUUGGUUGCAAGGCUUAUCGUUUGACUAUCUACCGCGCUGGGUACUGAUGAAGAUUACUGUGAUGAAGCUCAAGGCAAUCAGGGCAGACCAAGAGGCCAAGGCGAAGAGCAGCUGA